CGGACCCGCCUGGUUCAGGCCGCAAGGCCCGUCGCGACUCCGGUUCUCGUUCCUCCUCCGGGCGCCAGGCGGCGAGUGCGGGCAGGCGGCCUGACCCGGAACUGCUGACGCUUCCCCGCACUCGGGCGCGUCCACCCCCCGCGUCGCUCCCCGCCGGCCCAGCCGCGCCUCCGCGGCCCUCGGGCAGAUGAGGCGGGACGGGCGCCGCCCACACAGCGGCGGGUCCGGGCUUAGGACGCCCCGGGACGCGCUCGCGGCCGCCGGGUCGCGUUCAGCCUCAGGACGGGCGUCGGGGGCAGCAGACGUCUCCGAGUUCGCCGCGCGGGCCGAAGGUGGAACCGAGCUCGACGUGCCUCAGGCGAGGACGGAGCACAGGCUCGGUGUGAUUGGGGGCACAAAAACCUUCUUUGAAGAACUUUGUAUCGUAUGGAAGGAUGGCAGAAGUAGUGUUGAUUGAUCUCUUUGGUUUGCAAUUGAACUCUCAAAAAAGCUGUCAUCAGACAUUACUAAAGACAUUGAAUGCUGUCCAAUACCACCAUGGUGCCAAGGCCAAGUUCCUCUGCAUAAUGUGUUGCAGUAACAUCAGCUGUGACCAUCAUAAUUGUGAAUUAGAAACAAGCAAUGGAUUAUCAACUAUCUUGAGAGAAUUUGAGACAGUUAGCAAUCCCAGCCUGGCCGCCUCUUUGUAUACCAUUAAACAAAAAAUUGAUGAAAAAAAUUUGAGCAGCAUUAAGGUAAUUGUGCCUGUGCAUCGGAAGAUGUUAAUGAAGGCUUUUAUUGAUCAACUCUUCACUGAUGUUUAUAAUUUUGAGUUUGAAGAUUUACAGAUGACCUUGAGGGGAGGUCCUCUGAAACAGUCUUCUGACAUAAUCACAGCUCAAGAACUAGAAGCAAUCCAGAAUGAAAUAGAAACAUAUUUGAGAAGUUUGCCUGCACUGAAAGGAGAAUUAACCAUCAUCACAUCUCCUUUGAUCUCAGAUAUUUUCAUACAUGGAUUUACUACAAGAACAGGUGGGAUAUCUUACAUACCGACUCUGAGCUCUUUCAAUCUCUUCAGUAGUUCCAAACGGCGAGAUCCCAAGGUGGUUGUUCAAGAAAAUCUGCGUAGGCUGGGGAAUGCUGCAGGAUUUAACUGGAAGAAAUUUUACCGAAUAAAGACUGAUCAUGCCAAUGAUGUCUGGAUUAUGGGAAGGAAAGAGCCUGAAUCUUAUGAUGGAAUCACCACAAAUCAAAGAGGAGUCACAAUAGCGGCCCUUGGUGCUGACUGUAUACCCAUAGUCUUUGCAGAUCCUGUCAAGAAAGCAUGUGGGGUUGCUCACUCUGGUUGGAGAGGUACUUUGUUAGGUGUUGCUAUGGCUACAGUGAAUGCUAUGAUAGCAGAAUAUGGCUGUAGUUUGGAAGACAUUAUUGUUGUCCUGGGGCCUUCAGUAGGACCUUGCUGUUUUACUCUUCCAAGAGAAUCAGCUAAGGCAUUUCAUAAUCUUCACCCCGGAUGUGUACGUCUAUUUGACUCACCAAAUCCUUAUGUUGACAUCCGUAAAGCCACCAGGAUUCUUCUGGAACAGGGAGGAAUUCUACCACAGAAUAUUCAGGAUCAGAACCAAGAACUCAACCUCUGUACAUCCUGUCAUCCUGACAAGUUUUUCUCUCAUGUCCGAGAUGGCCUUAACUUUGGUACACAGAUUGGCUUCAUAUCAAUUAGAGAAUGAGAUACUUGACUGGAUUUUUGCGUAACUAUUUUCUGCUUCCUUCUAAACCAACCAUAAGAGAGAAAUUUAGCUAUUUAAUAUACUUAAAACCAAAAAGAUUACAAUGAAUAAUUCAUCUUUAGGGUAUAUUUUCAUUAUUAUCCAAAGCUAAAUGAUUUUCAUUCUAACAAUAACUGAUACAAAAUCAGUAUAGUGAAGCUUAUAUGUUAUAAGAUAAGGAUUAUUUUUAAAGUUUGUUCUCUGUAUUUAUUACAUGAAUCAGGAAUAGGUCUGUUCAAUUCAGUAUUUAUUGGGUAAGCUCUAUUUGUCAGGCUUUGUGUGAAUCAUAGGUGAAAUUAAGAUGAGUAAGACUUUUUCCUCUUGAGUCUAAUGCAGUGGAGGAGAUGAACACUUCUAAUACUUUACUUUUAAUAGAAGGUACAGGAGAAAGGAGGAUUGAGUCUAUCUGGAAAACAGAAUAGAGACAGUAUUAUAGAGAAAAUGACAUAUCACAUGGGCCUGAAAGAUGUAUAGGCUUUUAACAAGCAAAGAACAACCAUAACAGGUAGAGAGAAUACCAUAAACUAGGGCAUGAAACUGAAAGUGUAUAACAUGGUCGAGAAAGAUAAGGGUGUGGUCAGGAGUUAUUGGCAAAACAGGUCAGAAACAGAUUAGUUAGGGCCUCAAGUGCCAUGUCAAAGAGUUUGGAGUUAAUUUUCCAGGCAAAGAGUAGGCAUAGAAAGUAGGGGAGUGUUUUUAUGUCCUUGGCAUUAUAUUUAAUAGGUUGGAUUUAACUUGUGAGAGAUUAAAGCAGAAAGAUUAGUUAAGAGGUAGUGAAAAUACUUUUUAAAGAAAAUAAUGAAGGCAUUCUCUGGUGGUCUAGUGGUUAGGACUUGGUGCUUCAACCACUGCAGCCUGGGUUCAGUCCCUGGUCUGGGAGCUGAGAUCGCACAUCAAGCCACUGCAUGCUGUGGCCAAAACAAUAAUAAUAAUAAAUUUAAAAAAAUAAUGAAACCUGAAUGCAGUAGGAAUAAAAAAUGGAGACCAGAGUAGGUGGAUUAGCAAGACAUUUCAGAAACGGAAUCUGCAUAUUCUGUUCCUAGAUCAUGGAGAUAAGAGGUGAGGACCAGUGCAGUCACUGAUGACUCCACAGUCCCUGCUUGGUUGACUACCUGGAGGGGCGGCAAAGAUGGGGAGGAGGUUGGGGACAAGAAGGGAGGGUAAUGAGUUUGACACACAGACUUAAGUAUAUCCAGAUGGAAGUAUAUGGUUGACAAGACAAUUAGAAAUAGAGACCUGGGACUUAGGAGGGAGCCGAAAAAGACAGACUUGGGAGCUGGCUAUGCGGAGACGAUGCCUGAGUGCACCAGCGUAGACUGGAUCAUUUCAGCAGGAACACCAGUGAGAAAAAAGGAGGUCCAAGGAUGAGCCCUCAUACAACACUUGCAUUUGAAGAACCAGAAGCUGAACCAGUGAAAAAGAUCAAUCCUAGAAGAGACAUAGAGUAUAGUGGUUUUGGAGAAAGAAGGCAGCAUAGAGAUGAGAGGUACUCCAAAAGAAAUCUCUGGAGAGAACAUAAAAUGAGAAGAAACCGAUGGACUAGUUGUAUUGAAGCUUUUCUACAGGCAGUGGUGGUGGGGUCAGAUUGCAGUGCUUUGAGGAAAAGGAUGCAUGGUGGUGACCCUUCUUUGCUGGUACUUAUUAGAGAAAAGAAAUCACCAAAGGUUGUAUCUCUAUCUGUCUGUCUAUAUGAGGAUGAGUAGUUUUAAAUAUAUUUGUCGGCUGAAGAGAGGAAGGAGUUAAGCUGUUUUCACUUGGGAAAAAUGGUAUAUAUGGUCCAUAUUUUUAACCUGAAUCGUCACAUUGUACCGUAACAUGUCUUAUUUCAUACAUACAUUUCUUACCUGAACAUGCAGAAAAUUACAUUUGUUUGGUACUUAUUAAGGACUUUCACAUCCAUUACCUCAUUUUGCCUUUACAGGUACUUUGAAGUACCUCGGUCAGGUGCUAUUCUUUGUAUUCAGAUAAGAAAACGGAGCCUCAUUGAGAUAGAGGCUGAAAUCACACAAUCUGUAAUAAAGAUUUGACCCCACAUCUUGUGACUCCAAAUCUCAUUUCAGAUUUUACAGUGAAUCAAAGCUAUCUAAGUUUUUACCACUUUGUUUAAAUAUCAUGUAUUCAUAUACUCAGAAAUUUUGUUUAGGUAUUAGCGUAGGUUAAAAAUAUAGCUGUAGGAGUUCCCUUCAAAUCUGACUAUCCAUGAGGACGAAGGUUUGAUCCCUGACCUGGCUCAGUGGGUUAAGUAAGGAUCUGGCAUUGUUGUGAGCUGUGGUGUAGGUUGAAGAUGCGGCUCGGAUCUGGCUUUGCUGUGGCUGUAGUGUAGGCCAGCAGCUGUAGCUCUGAUUUGACUCCUAGCCUGGGAACCUCCAUAGGCGGCCCUAAAAAGAAGAAAAAAAAAAAAUUCAACUGUAGCCCUCAAGAUGUUUAAUAUCCGGGGAAAGGUGACAGUCAAGAAACCAACAAUUUCAAUACUGCGAUAUGAGUUGUAAGGUUGUCACAACCUGAUACCUUGUUUAAUUCUUUUAUGAAACUCAUAGCUCAGUAUGAAAUUUAUAUAAAACACAUCAUUUCUUCCAAUUCAGGGAAAGCAUUAAAUACAAAUCAUAGAAUAUCAACUUCAAACUCAUGCAAAAUACUCUGAUUUAAGGAUAACAAUAAGAUUAAGGAAUAAUUCCAUACACUGAGAAAGAUGGAAUUGGAUAAUUUUCCAAUUCUUCACUGUAUCAUUUUGUUGAAUGCAGUGUAUUAGCCAUACUUCACUUUAUGUACCGAACAUUCCAAAACCAAAUAAAAAUUAUGUUUGAUUCUCUAUGA